CUCGUGGUCAUUCUGCUCUCUCACACCCUGGCUGACGGAGCACACAGGUUUUCAUCUGACACUCUUUCAGCCUCUCACAUGGUCCUACACCGAUUGCACGCAACAGCACUAAAGUGGCUGAAUAAACAUCCAAAAUGAGCAAUCCCAAGAAGAGUAUUCUAAAGGAGAAGAGGAUCAACAUUGUCAAUGUGGAGGAGAGUGCAACGCAGAGCAGCACAAUUGGGGCAGUACAAUGGGAAUUGCCGAAAGACUUACAGCCUCAUCACUUAGCACCUAUACCAAGCAAGCAAAAAACCAACAGCUUGUCAUCCCGGCAAAAGGGCCUAAAGGAACUGCGUAGCCAGCAGGAAUGUGUUGGAUUCAUCACCAGGUGGAAACAAGAGGUGGAGGUUGUCUGCAAGCGGAAUAAGAAAGCACACAGUGACAAGGGAAAUAGUCUGGAGCAGUGUCGAAAACUCAUCCUGAAAUGGUCAGAGGAGCUGAAGAGAGUGGAUGUGAGUCCCUGGGUGCAGAAGACAGACCUGACAGACCUGACAGAAAAAGAGGAACAGGAUCCUUCCAUAAGAGCAGAGCAGAGAAUCAUGGAGUGGGCUAAGGAGCUGAAAAGUGUCACAGAGAAAUGUGGUCUGAUGAACGAUGAGCUGACCCACAUGCUGAGGCAGCUGGAGCUGAAUAAGAAAAAGACUGUAACCCUCUUCCCUUUCCUGGAGUUCAUCACCUGGUCUCUUCUUAAGGAAGAGGACAUCGACACGGGAACCAUUCCCCAGCUGUGGCUCGCCACCAAACAGCGCACCUGGAAAAUGGAGACCCCGAAAUAUAUUCCGAACUCAGUGUGGGACUGGAUCUGCUGUGCUUCAGAUGAUGUGAAACUGGACCCAAUGACCAAUCACCCGUGGCUACUCCUCUCAGAUGACCGGAAGAAGGUCCAGGAAGCUCACUGCACCGUCGAGGUGACAUUUAGCGCGCAACGCUACGAUGGCUGGCCAUGCGUCUUGGCCAAGGAUGGCCUCUCCUCUGGACGUCACUACUGGGAGGUCACCCUGGCCAACAACGGCUACUGGAAGGUCGGCCUGACAACCGCAUCAUCGAAACGCCACGGCCGCUUCCCUAUGACACCCAAGGAAGGUUACUGGGUUCUGUGGCGCAGCACCAGGCAUUUUUAUGCCUGCACCCAACCAGAGACCACCCUGCCCCUGGAGACGCUACCAUACAGGAUGGGCGUCUAUCUGGACUACGAUGAAGGUCAGAUCUCCUUUUACAACGUGGAGACCCGGGCGCACAUUUACACGUUCACAGAUGACUUCCGGGAGGAACUGUACCCGCUGUUUGCUCCCCUGGACGGACGCACCCUUAUAACAAUCUCGUCACCAAAGUAUGAGUCAUAGACAGGACAUAUUCAGACCACUGCUGGGUCCCAGUUUUGUGUGUUUCCCAGAAGCAAAAUAUGUCUUGGACUCAGGGGUGUAGGUUUUAUAUUAGGUUUAAUCAGUGUGUGGAACACUGUGGUUUGCUGCAACGAUUAAGAACAUUUCUCCUGGAAUCACGACUCAUGUGGGUUAAAGGCCCUUCCACUACCCCAAUAGAGGGAUGUACAGCCAUAAUAGAUGUUUAAUAUCUAAUAUAUUCCUAGAAAACAACCAUGUUAGCUUAGAUCCUCUUUAAGUUCUAGUUUCACAGAACCCAUUUUGGUCAGUUUUGUAUCUACUGUACAUCUCUCCACCACCAGCCGCCCGGCUCUUACUGAUAAGAUUUAUUGCUGUGUGAAGGACAUGGUUAGUGCCAGUCACUAGCUGAAAAAUAUAAGUGCUAUAAAUUCAAAUACCCAGAAACAUAUGCCAGUUUGUAUCCCAUGUCAAUAAAUGAUCUGACCUAUAAAGAAA